GGCACUGACCAUUGCAUUUCUUAAGUUCCUUUUUCUUCAUAGAUUUUUUGAACUGCUAUUAUUUUUCUUCAUUUGCGAUUCAGCUUCGUUCUAUGAAAGAAGAUAUAGCACAAAAUUGUGUAUGACCACCUUCAAAAAUAAAAUGAAGUUGAAAAGUUUGAUUGUCAGCUAUCAUAUCUGCAUCAAGGGACGCUCCAGGCUUACCACUGGCAAUGCCAUUAUGGUAGGCGUAGACUGAAAAACCCUACACCACUUACAGUCAUAAAAUGCCCUUGUCAUUCACUACCCAUCUAAAUCUUACAGCAUUAUGUUGAGGGAGGCGCUGCACAUUCUGCUGACUAUACACAAACCGCCUGUAGGCAAUUCUACAUUUUUGCAGACCUCUAUUGUCAAGAACGCGCUUUCACAAGAAAAAAAAGUCCACUCUUUCAUCGCUCAUAGGCGAUUUGCCUUCGCUACACGCUUAACUUUUCGUAAUAAGCUUAUUUACUUGUAUGGCAAGUGCGGAAGUUUGGUGGAUGCUAGAAAAAUCUUUGACCGCAUGAGAGAACGAGAUAGUGUCUCAUGGAAUACGAUUAUUGCAGCAUACAGAAGACAUGGGUAUCCGCAAGAGGCAAUUACAUUGUUUCAUCAUAUGCAACAAACCGGUUUCCAACCCGAUCAGGUUACGUUUGCCAGCGUACUCCCAGCCUGUGCCAAAAUGGGAGCUUUGGAACAGGGUAUGGACAUCCAUCAAAGCAUAAAAGAUAGAGGAAUUUUGUCAGAUGUAGUUGCAACUGCUCUGUUAGACAUGUAUGCAAAAUGUGGAAGCAUAGACAAGGCACGGGAACUAUUUGACGGAUUGCCUCAAAGAAAUGUGGUUUCCUGGACUGCAAUGAUUGCCGGAUAUGCACAAAAUGGAUUUGUUGAGAAGGCUUUAGAAACUUUCAAGCAAAUGCAAUCGGCAGGUGUAAAGCCAAAUUUCAUGACCAUUGCUACUAUCCUCCCUGCCUGUGCUAAAAUGGGAGAUUUGGAACAGGGUAUGGACAUUCAUCGAAGCAUAAAGGAUAGAGGAAUUUUGUCAGAUGUUGUAGUUGCAACUGCCCUGGUAGACAUGUAUGCUAAAUGUGGAAGCAUAAACAAGGCACGUGAACUGUUUGAUAGAAUGCCUGAAAGAAAUGUUGUCUCGUGGACUGCAAUGAUUGCUGGAUAUGCACAAAAUGGAUUUGUCGAAAAGGCUUUAGACACUUUCAAGCAAAUGAAAUUGGCAGGCAUAAAGCCAAAUUCCACAACCUUUGCCAGCAUCCUCCCUGCCUGUGCAAAAAUGGGAGCUUUGGAACUGGGUAUGGACAUCCAUCAAAGCAUAACGGAUAGAGGAAUUUUGUUAGGUAUUGUACUAGCAAAUGCCCUGCUUGACAUGUAUGCAAAAUGUGGAAACAUGGACAAGGCACGUGAAUUGUUUGAUACGAUGCCACAAAGAGAUGUGAUCUCAUGGACUGCAAUGAUUGCAGGGUAUGCACAAAAUGGAUUUGUUGAAAAGGCUUUAGAAACUUUCAAGCAAAUGCAAUUGGCAGGUGUAGAGCCAGACUCCACAACUUUUGCCAGCAUCCUCCCCGCCUGUGCCAAAAUAGGAGCACUGGAACAGGGUAUGUAUAUUCAUCAAAACAUAAAGGAUAGAAGAAUUCUGUCAGAUGUUAUAGUUGCAACUGCUUUGGUAGACAUGUAUGCAAAAUGUGGAAGCAUAGACAAGGCACAUGCACUGUUUGAUAGAAUGCCAGAAAGAGACGUCAUCUCGUGGAAUGCAAUGAUUGCAGGAUAUGCACAAAAUGGAUUUUACAAGGAUGCUUUUAAAAUGUUUGAAUCAAUGCAGCACUCUGGAAUAAAUCCUAACAUUGUAAGCUUUGCUUGUGUUCUAUGUGCAUGCAGUCAUGCAGGUUUAGUGGAUGAGGGCUGUGCAUACUUCAAUCACAUGAGUAACCUUUACUGCAUUACACCUACAGUUGAUCAUUAUGUAUGCAUGGUUGACCUUCUUGCCCGUGCUGGCUAUCUUGAGGACACCCUAAAUUUUAUCAUUAAGAUGCCUGUUAAAUCUGUGGUGGUUGUGUGGAUGUGUUUUCUUGGUGCCUGUAGAUCACAUAUGAAUAUAGGUUUAGGAGUAUUUACAGCAAUGCUGCUUUUUGAUUUGGAUCCUAGAAGUGCUGCAACUUAUGUUAUUCUUUCAAACAUCUACGCAGAAGUGGGCAGGUGGGAUGAAGCUCAAAUGGUAAGGAGAUUGAUGAAAGAUAGAGGAAUUAAAAAGAUCCCUGGAUGUAGUUGGAUUGAAAGUCAUAAUAUGGUACAUGCUUUUUGUGUGGGAGAUAGAUCACAUCCACAGACAAAGGAGAUUUAUGCAAAGUUGGAGAAAUUGGCUGGGGAGAUGAAGGCAGCAGGUUAUUUUCCAGAUUCAAAACGUUUACUUAAUGCUGUGGAAGAGGAGGAAAAAGAGUUAUUUCUCUGUCAUCAUAGUGAAAAAUUGGCAAUUGCAUUUGGUUUGUUGAUUACAUCUUUUGGAACAACUAUUAGAAUUGUUAAAAACCUUCGAGUAUGUGUUGAUUGUCACACUGCAACAAAAUUUAUCUCCAAGAUUGUUGCAAGAGAAAUUAUUGUGAGAGAUGCGAGCCGUUUCCAUUAUUUUAAACAGGGACAAUGUUCUUGUGGAGAUUAUUGGUGAUACUCAAUGAAGCAAUCUGAAAAAUAGGCUUGCAUCUGGACCAUGCUGUUGGCUUUGUAAAAUUAGAUGCCAGAUCACUGCUUAUAAACAUUGUUGAGGUAUCUGUCAAAGAAAUGUUUUAUGAUAACAUGGACUUUUCAUUGAUUUGUUUUCACAAGACCUGUAUAUAUAUAUGUGAAUGAAAAAUUAGAAGAUGGAUAAAACAAACGGGGAGGAAUACUCCAAGAAAAUGAAAGAUGCUAGACCAGUAGAAAAUUGGAGAGGAAGGCUCACAAUUAUUCUUAUCAUUUUUCAUUUUGUAUUUUGU